GCUGCGUGUUUCCGGAAGACGUGGCGGCUCGGGCCGGGCGGCGUCCCCGCGGCUCUUCUCCGGACUCGGCUUCGCAGCGUGGGCCCCGAGGCACCGCGGCCGCCGCCGCCAACGCCGCCGCCGCCAUGAUCUCCCUCACCGACACGCAGAAAAUCGGCAUGGGCUUAACAGGGUUUGGAGUGUUUUUCCUGUUCUUUGGAAUGAUCCUCUUUUUUGACAAAGCACUGCUGGCUAUUGGAAAUGUUCUGUUUGUGGCUGGCUUGGCUUUUGUAAUUGGUCUAGAAAGAACAUUCAGAUUCUUCUUCCAGAAACACAAAGUGAAAGCCACGGGAUUCUUCCUGGGUGGUGUGUUUGUGGUCCUCAUUGGUUGGCCAUUGAUAGGCAUGAUCUUCGAAAUUUAUGGAUUCUUUCUCUUGUUCAGGGGCUUCUUUCCUGUGGUUGUUGGCUUUAUCAGAAGAGUGCCUGUCCUUGGAUCCCUCCUAAAUCUGCCUGGAAUCAGAUCAACCACAUAGGCCCAGAAGAGAUCCACAGGAAUGUUUGUAGAUAAAGUUGGAGAAAGCAACAAUAUGGUAUAACAGCAAGGGAACUGAAGACUUUAAAUAUUAUAUUAUUUAUGAACCCUUUGAAGACUAUUCAGCACAAAGUUCAGUUUCUCAAACUAGCUUGUAAAGCCCUUCAGAAGUUUAAAGCGCACACCCUCCAGAGCACCAACAGUUAUGGAAGAAGCACUGACAGCAGCCUUGUGGCCAGACCAUCUGAGCACAGCGGCUGGAGAGGAUGGAUCCUUGUUACCAAGUUUAGUGACUUGAGAAGGCUGAUUCUUAGUCUUGCUGCAACCCGUGAAACAGCCGUUAAUAGAGAACCAUGGUGUCUGUUACUUUUUUUUUUUUUUUAGAAGAUUCAGGAACACCAGUAGCCAUUUGGGGUUUUUUUUUUUUUUUUUCUGUGUUUUUGUUUUGUUUUGUGUUUUGUUUUAAUGAUGGCCCAGGUAUUUCUAGGUGUGCUGGGUCUCUGAUAAUGAUGCCUGAAUUGGAUUAGAUUAUGUCGUCUCCAUGUAUCAGCCCAAGGAAAGCCCAGUUUCAUGUGUCAAUCACUUUUUUUGUAAACAUGAAAAUAAAACUUUUGUGGUCCUUUUGAAUCUUAAUAUUUUGGAGCCAGAUAAAAAUCUGAACUAGACAUUCUUUUUCAGAAUACGCAGAGGUCAUUUUGAGCUGUUACUUUUCAAGCAUAGCUGACCAAGUGCUUUCUGGACUCUACGACACUGUGGAUGCGCAGAUCUCUUGAGCAUGGCCUGGGUGUGUUCAUACAAUCUGCUGCACGCAGACGCCAAGCAGAGAGCACUCUGACCAUGGAGUAGUCUGCCGCAGAGGGCAUUGGAAUCAGUUACUGAGAUACUAAAUGAUGCACAUCAGAUGGUUUCCCCAUGUUAUGAUGUAGUUUUUCUUCUUGUGUUCUUAUGAAAUUUGGCCACAGUUUCCUACCUUGGUUUCACAACUUGUGGUGACAUUGAAGGUGUGUAACAUGUUAAAAGCAUGAUUCUGUGACUGAGAAGGGCUGUUAUUUCAUCUUAACUUUCCUCCUGUUUGCAGCCUUAUUGUAACAUCCAGAAGGCAGCAAGCACCAUACCUGCCCCCCACUGAUCUCCAUCUUGACUUAGGAGAAAAGAUGCCCCGGUGACAUGCAAAAACUAUUACAUUAUAACUAAACUUGUGGGGUUCCUCGGGAGCUUAGUGCUGGGGCAAUCUUGUCAUUCCCUUCUGUUGCUACUCUACCAGCAGCAACAAUGGUGUCCUUCCUUACCUGGUCAUGGGAGCACCCUCAGAUGUGACACUGUUUAUCUUACCACUAAUGAUUGAACUAUUUAUUUUUAACAGUUUCAGAGCUUUUUAAUGCAGAAAAUCAUAAUUAAAAUUGUAUUUAUUUACAAACCAUUUCUACAAGACGUUACAAUGUUUGAUGUUUUUAGUUAAAUUUCUUGGUGCCAGGAGAAUCUCCAGCCUUGCUGGUCUGCAGAAGGAAGGACUGGUGUGUAGUGGGAUGGUUCAUUCUUGUGGAUUUCUGUCCUGUUUGGUACUUGCUUCUGACUUUAUGGUGUAACCUGUGAAUUGGAGAACCCUACCUCAGUAGCUCAUGGGAUAAUAAAAGACCUGGCAAUGUGUCUGACCUUCUCAAAGUCACACCUUCCCUGGAAUGUCAGUGCUAUGCUUUGGGAACGGACGUGUGUGAGAUGCCCUGUACGCUUCCCAUAGGCUCUGGCCCAUGUGGUUUGACAGUGGCUAGGUGUCACUCUGUUAGAGCGGGAGUCUGCCAUUUAAAUUCGUCCUCGACAUGACCCAUCACAGUGUUCUUUGCACUACAGCAAAAUGCCCUUUCAGCAGUCCGAUUUCAGAACACACUGGAUCUGAUUCGAGAAGCUCUCGUCCUUUGCAAGGCAGGGGCUGGGCUCACUUUGUUUCGGGGGCCUGAGACUGACUGCUCAUCAGCACUGCACUUCUGUCAGAACCUUGGGAGGCUUGUCUUUAAACAAACCAGCCUUUUGACUUCUGGAAGCCCUGCCCACUUCUAAAAAUCAGCCUUCUGUCUUUGUGACAAAAAACAACAAAAACCUUUAUUCCCCCAAAUGGAGGAAAAGUUCUAGUACUCAGCCUUAAGUGUUUCUGUCAUGUUCAAAUGUACCUUCUGUAACAGAAACAUGCCUGCAAUGUUGUCCCUUACACUUCUCUGGAAUUCAGCUGCUUUAGAAGUCUCAUGGUCAAAUUAUAUACUCUUAACAAUGGCGUAUUGUAAAUACACUUGUCUUACCUCAAUAAAAGGGUACUUUUCUAUUCA